CUUACUGGCCUGGGGCGACUCGCUAGUCCAACCUUCGGCGACCAGAUUUUCUUCACCCCACGAAGUUUGGACGUCAACGGAUCUCCUUUACCGGAUGCCGAGAAAGCCGGGAUGCCGGUGGUCCACCAGAACAUCCCCGAACCACCAAAUUUCUGGACCUCCACGUUCUCCGAGUACCUGAGCUUGGACCUCUCGCGUAUCGCACCGUUCCGACUGCCGGACGGCCGCGAACCAGCCUGCUGCGUCGAGAACCACCCGGCUUGUCUUCCACUCCGCGUGGCCGACCGGUGCGUCAGCUUCGUGCGCGCGCUGCCGGCGCCCGAGCUGGACUGCGUGAUGCGUCCGGCGGCGCCGCUGUCUGCCGCCUCCUCCUACCUGGACCUGGAGACGCUGUACGGCAGCUCCGAGGAGGCCGGCAGGCGACUGAGGACGCUGAGCGGGGGACGGCUGCGGGACGACCGUGGUCUUCUCGACGAGGUGCCCGAACUGAUUGUGGACUUGGACAACCAGCUGCAGGGUUCUUCGGAAGAUGUGCUGCUCCGGCGGCGCCGCUGGGCGAACGGCGCUGACCGGGAAAAUGUGGCAGAGAUAGCGCCAGAUGCUGAGGUCCGGCUCGUCACCAGCCACUCACUUCGGCGAAAGGGAAGGCAAGGCAACGGCAACGGCAACAACGGCAACGGCAAUGAUGACGAUGAUGGAGAAAAGGGAGAUAAGGGAGAUAAGGGCGAUCCAGGGGAAAAGGGAAUGCAAGGCGAAAAGGGAGACACGGGUGAAAAAGGAAUGCAAGGAGAAAAGGGCAUGGAUGGUGAAAAGGGUAUGCAGGGUGACAAGGGAGACCCCGGCGAAAAGGGAAUGAAAGGAGAGCCAGGAAUGAAAGGAGAAAUGGGUGAAAAGGGAAUGCAGGGUGACAAGGGAGAUAUGGGUGAAAAAGGAAUGCAGGGUGACAAGGGAGACAUGGGCGACAAAGGAGAUACAGGAGAAAAGGGGAUGAAAGGUGAACCGGGAAUGAAAGGAGACAUGGGUGAAAAGGGAGAAAUGGGCGAAAAGGGAGACAUGGGGGAAAAGGGCAUGAAGGGCGAACAGGGCAUGAAAGGAGAUAUGGGUGAAAAAGGAAUGCAAGGUGAAAAGGGUGAACAGGGGAUGAAAGGAGAACCGGGCGAAAAGGGAAUGCAAGGAGAAAAGGGUGACCCGGGAAUGGAUGGGGAAAAGGGUAUGAAAGGCGAGGUGGGAGAAAAGGGCGACCAAGGCGAGAUGGGGAUGAAAGGCGAAACGGGCGAAAAGGGGAUGAAAGGAGAAACAGGAAUACAGGGAAUGAAGGGUGAGCAAGGAGAGAUGGGAUCCAAAGGCGACAAGGGAGACCUGGGCCCGGCUGGUGCCAAGGGUGCCAUGGGGAAGGCGGGAGCCAUGGGGCCGAUCGGCCGGCCGGGCCCUCGAGGUCCCCCCGGGCGGGUGCGAGUCGCCAUCCCGAACAGGUACGGUCUGCACGAGCCGCGUCGGCUCUGGGCGCCCGAGCCGCGUUCAUCGACGAUCCCCCGGCCGUCCUCCAGCUCCUCACCAGAUCAGCUCAACCGAGUCCUCCUGAGGGAGCACAACCGUGUGGUGGAGGCGCUGCGUCGCAACCACCCCCUCUGGGAGGACGAGCGGCUGUUCCAGACGGCACGUCGCGUGGUGAUCGCUCAGUGGCAGCACAUCACCUACAGAGAGUACCUGCCGCACGUCCUGGGACCCGACGUCGCAAGGGCCAUCUCAUUUACUCCGAACGACGAGGAUGACGUCGAUCCAACAGUGAGUGUCGAGUUCGCGGCGGCUGCGUUCAGGUUCUGGCAGCGACCGCGACCGGUGACAAAACGACGGGUAGCCAGCGGGAUUGACAGUAGUGCAGCCUUCCUCGCCAUGCUUCAUGGUACAGAAGGAAAUCCGGCCAACCACGAAGACAGUGCUGCCAAGGAGCUGGCCGCCGUGGAGGUACUCCGCGGAAGAGAUCUGGGUCUGCCGUCCUAUACGGCCAUCCGUCAGCUCUGCUCCGGACAGCCAGUGGUCGGCUGGACAGAUCUGGAGACCGUCUUCGAACACCGUCACCUGGAGGAACUCCGAGCGAUCUACUCCAGCCCCGACGACAUUGACCUCUGGGUGGGCGGGAUGCUGGAGCGUCGUGCGCCCUCGGCCAAGGUGGGCCCCACCUUCCAGUGCGUGAUCGCCGACCAGUUCCGGCGGCUGCGGGAUGGCGACCGGCUCUUCUACGAGCGCAGCCUGAGUGGAGAACAGCUGCGGGAGGUGCGCAAGGCCAGUCUGGCGCGCCUGCUCUGUGACAACGAGGAGGGCCGUACUGCCGCGGCGCCCCUCGUGCUGGAGCCCCUCACCGAGAGGAACAAGAUCACACCGUGCUCAUCCAAGGCUAUUCCCGAGGUUGACCUGAGCCGUUUCUAGUGUAUGUGUGAGACGCAUUGUUCUGCUUGUAAUGCGCUCACUUGCAAUUUUUUUUUCCGCAAGUGUAUCAGGUUGUAAAUUGGGCAUCCGAUGACAUCUUAAUGAUUCCAGGAUGCAACCGCUCGCUUGCUAACGCUCAAAUCUCAAUACCGGUUGCGAUUGGCAUUGUUUCACCGCCUUUUGUUUAUAUAUUCCUAUCAAGCUACAGGUAGAACGAAGGGCACACGCGACACUACUGUAACCGUCUUAAUGCUGUAACUGUAAUGGCAUGAAACAAUAUAGACAUUGA